ACCUCCUUCGUGCACACUGACUCGGGUCGAAAACCCCGGAAGUCGAUGUCCGCAUCCGCAUUCGCAUAGUAUAGACGCUUGUUCGCGCCCAUGACGAACGUAGACUCGCUGUGGCGCGACUUCACCGUCGCUCAGCAGAAGUUCGAUGGCUAUCUGCUCGCCUCCACCAUCUCACCGGAGGCACCCACGUCUGAUUCAGCAAGACUGUAUAACUUCCAAAGAUGGACGAAUGCUCAUAGCGUGCAGACCGAUCUGAGGUACCAGCUCCAGUACAACCCUGAUUUGCGCCUUGAUAAGAAGGAGGCAAGCACCUGGAUCGAUGUUUUCACCGCUUACUACAGCUUCGUCGGCAGAUUGCUGGCCGCCGAGGAAGCGCAGAAUGCCGCCAAAGGAGAGGACGCCGACUGGAAUGCCGUUUAUGACAGCUGGAAGGAAGUGUUGAACGCGGUCUAUCGUGGCUACUCGAAUAACAUACUGGACAGCUGGACCAUCCCCUGUCUGUAUGUCGUGGGCAAAUACCUGCGCAUAUUCGCCAUCAAAGCAGACGAAAGUACGGUUUCUCAUCGCGACAGUGGGCUUGCUUUUGGCGAGUUGCAAGAAGAGGACGCGUUCAGCGCUACCAGUAAAAACGAGAGGCUCGAAGACGCUGCGCGCCAGAUUAACCGUAUAUUUGCCCUCUGCCUCGGAGACCGCUCUCCGAUUGAAGAAUCACGCAAGUGGGCCCUCUACUACAUUGCCAACCUUCUAUUCAAAACGUACUUCAAACUGAACUCCAUUUCCCUGUCGAAGAACAUCCUGCGCUCACUCAAGGCAUCUUCGGCGGACAUGCCUCCGCUGUCAGCUUUCCCGCGAGCCCAUCAGGUCACGUUCAAGUACUAUUCGGGUGUCAUCGCAUUCCUUGAGGAGGACUACGCUGCAGCUGAGGAGUUCUUGACAAGUGCAUACGCUAUGUGCUCGAGAUCUGCAACGCGAAACAUCGAUCUCAUACUGACAUACCUCGUCCCAACUAAAAUGCUUACUUCGCACCAACUACCUACGCAGGAACUGCUACAGCAGUCUCCUGCACUGGGAAGACUGUUCGCUCCCAUCUGCGUAGCGAUCAAACGGGCAGAUCUGCGUGCCUUCACCACCGCGAUGGACCAAGGUGAGGACGAGUUUGUGAAGCGGAGGAUCUACCUUACUCUGGAGCGGGGCAGAGAUAUCCUCAUGCGCAAUCUAUUUCGCAAAGUCUUCCUUGCCGGUGGGUAUGAGCCGCAAAAAGAGAACGAGGCAGGUCCACCCGGACGCCGAACCAGGAUUCAGGUCCGUGAGUUUGCGGCAGCGCUGCAGCUGGCGGGCGCGGAAGUGGACGACGGUGCAGGCGGUAUUGAUUACGAUGAGGUUGAGUGCCUUAUCGCCAACUCGAUUUACAAGGUGCGUCUUGCCGGCUUGCUAGAGCAUCUUGCUGCACGGAACCGUCCAUCUGUCUAGUUACGUCGUGCUGCCUUCCGCGGCAGGCCCCAGCAUUCGCCACGGUCCAUGCCCCUUUUUCUUGUCCUAAUUGGAGGUUUUGUGCAGGGCUGACAUUGAACAGAACUUCGUCAAGGGCUACAUUGCUCGCGAGCGUGGCAUCGUCGUGCUGAGCAAAGCAGGCGCUUUCCCUGGAACAGGCG